AUGUAUCGGCCAAACCUACUCCUACUACUACCUCUUACGAUUUUGUACUUCGCAUUUUUCACACAAUUAGCUGUAUCUACAUUCGUUGAUAGUCUGAUUUGUCACACAACCGAUGGCCUAUUCAAUCUACGACCGUUCAUUACUGAUGUUGCCAUGGAUCCCGAUGAGAAGAAGCUAAAGUUUCUUAUCAACUCCCAAGUGAUCAAUUAUUUUGGAAACAAUAGCGACACGAGUCCUGCUUUUACCGACUACAACACAACAACUGGCUUUUACACAAAGUUACAAGUCAAGGUGAGCUAUAUGGGACGCCAAUUUAUGGAUGAGACGACAAACUUUUGCGACUUUGUGGCUGUAAAAGACACCCUUGAAUAUAGAGAAGGACCACGCUUCUCACAAAGUUCUAGCAAUAACCUGAAUUUUGCAGUUUCUAAAGAUGAUGUGUCUGGACUACAUUAUCAAGACACGUUUAGCAACAACUCGUUGAUUGGACAUUUCAACGACACAGAUUUGGGAUCCUCCAAUUUGACGCUAGAUGAAUUGUUUUCAAAUGCCACUGGUGAAUUGGUACAGUGUCCCUUAUACUACAAUGAUUCAAUAUUAUUAUUAUAUGAGGUUGAUAUAAGUCAACAUUUCCAUAGAUUGGGGUCGUACCAGAUCAACUUUAUUGUCCACGACAACAACUAUUCCAGAGAUAUUCUUGCAUGCAGUAAAUCAUACAUCACGUUGAUACAGCCGGAGUUUAUCGAUGCAGUGAUAAACAUUGGGACCUUGACGCUUUUGGUCAUUACCGUCUUUGUCAACGUCUUCACCGUGACAUGUUCCUCGUACCAAGAGUCUACCAACCCCUAUCUUUUCAAAGCAUCCACAAUAUGCAAUGCCAAACUUUUAAAACAAGGAGAUGCAAGUUUGUCAGGAAUCAUAACCUAUCUACAAUAUGCAUUGUUUCUUGGCGGAUUGGACCUACAAUAUCCCGGGUUCUAUCAACCAAUGAUUGGACAGAUUUCUUGGUGUGCAUUGAUAGAUUUCAUCGUCAUCAAAGCCGAUCCAGUUCGUCAUGCUUUGCAAUCGGAUGACGGGGUGUACAUAACUCUUGCAACUGGAGGCUUGUCCAGUUUGACGCAAUACAACUUACGGACACAAGUGGGGGACACAUGGCCCAAUUUCAUGGCAGAUUUAGGAAUGGUCAUGGCGGUAUCGGUUGUUGCUAGACAAGUGUUGGUGUUUAUGAAACGAUACCUUGAUGAAAUAUUGAAACUACACUACCAUAAAUCACUAGUCAAGAAUCCGUCGGCGUUUGUGUUUUUCUCCAAAAAGAACUUGUAUUUGAUAACGGGACAGAUUUUCCAGAUUUGGAUAUCUAUCUUUGGAAUGCCCUUUCUUGUGUUGAGUUUAUUCAUGUUUCUAGCUGCCACAGAUUUGAAUGGCAAACAUCGCCAUUUCUCCAAUUUCCAUGAUUUGAAAGUGGGUGCCCUUUCAUUCACUACAUCGUACGAUCAAUUGCAAAUUCCUCACAAAUUGUUUUCCUUUGGAGAGUCAGUGCCUAGCGCGUGGGGGAAUUACUUGUUCAAUUGGAACGCAACUGCCGGAUACACUGAUGCCGACAGUGAUCGCGUUCAAAUGACUAAUAAGGCCACAGUAUCACCCAAUUGGCAGGACCAAAGUGUGGGUGUACUAGGGCUGUUUGACUCUGGGUCGCUAUUAAACAACAGCACCACUCUGCAGAACAACCAUCACGCCGACAAAUAUUUGGUUAUCCCCAAUGUCACCUUGACAUUUGCAACUAUAUUACUUGCCGUUUGGAUUGGCAUUGUCCUUUUCUUUGUGUUUCAUUAUUUGGUUUCAUUUUAUGGAAAGUUGAAAGUUAAAACGUCGUCCAAUGUGUCAAAAUUGUAUACAAACUUGAAAUCCAUCUUGAUAUGGUCGUUCUUGUACCACAAGUAUAAACCACAACGAGUUAGCUAUGCAAUUUUUGACCUUGCAAUCAUGGUUGUCAAUCUGAUAAUUAUUGGCGUCCUUCAAAAUAGUGGUGUUGCACAAGUGACAUGUUUGAUUGUGACUUCAGUCGCUGAAUUGGUUGUCUUGUUCACUUUGAAGCCAUACUUUGUGCCAGUAGCUCCUUGGUCAACACAUUUCAUCCUCCCUGUGGCUAGAUUCUUGUGCACAGUACUUUGCAUCCCCUUUAUUGGAUCCGUCAAUGCCAGCGAGGCCGUCAAGACCUAUGUUGCUUACAUCCAGUUGAUCAUUCACACCGUCGUGGUUGUUGUAUUCAUCAUCCAAUUGAUAUACUGGUUGAUAAGAACAUGCAUAUCGAUACACAAAACUCGAGUGAAUGUCCAUUCUGUCAUGCUUCAACAGAUCAACACUGUCAACAGUCAUGAUGAAUAUGAACGGCAAUUUGAGUAUACUGCCGUGGUUUCACCAUUCAACCAAUUGAUGCGGCACAUGACUAACGCGUCACAUCGAAACUCGUUACUGUCUCCAUACAGUGGCAACGGCGGCCAUAACGACGACAGUGCGUCAUCAAUCAGCGAAGAGGAAUUCCUUUUCCGUGGUCGUGGAACCAGACUUGCCAAUCACAACAACCCCACAUCGACUGACAUCAUCGACCUUGAGGAUCACCAGUCCAGUGUUGAUACCAACUCCAUCCAGUCUUCAUUUGUCCAACAGAUGCAAGAAUCAGAGUUGCGGAAAUUGAAGAAUGAUUAUCGUGUACGGGAAAUUGAUCAAGUUUAUGAAAAGUAUUUCGUCAAUGAUGCAAUUGAUCCUGAGGUGAAGGAAUUGUGGGAGAGUCGUAAAUUGGCCAAUGGAAUUUUCCAUGAAGCGUAUUGCUCGAGCAGCACUGGCAACAGCUAUACUCAUCGCAACACCAACAAUUUCAAUCACAAUCACAAUCACAAUCACAAUCACAAUCAUAAUAACAACGAACACUUUAGCAAAGAGGGUAAGGUUUCAUCAUUGGCUUUCGGAAUCAAGUUGAGAAACAUGGUUAAUAAACAGCAGCCAAGACCUAUGGAGCCUGCGUUUGUUGUGUCUCGACCUCGACCUUUGAUUGUAAAGACUUUGGAUGAAGUGAAACAAAGACAACAAGUAAAAUCACAAACACAUUCGGAAGUCGACUUGUCAGAGAAGGAAAGCACCGAUCCGUCUAUUGAAGAUCUAACUGGAAAGGAGUAG